GAAACCUCAGCAGCGCCAAGCUUUCCAGGUUAUCAUGGCGAUAAGAGACACAUCUUCCCCCUGAGUCCCUGCAGCAGCAACAGAAACAACAAAGGAUUUCUUCCACCGCUACAUGAAAACACACACCGAGUCGCGUGCAGCGCGGGGACCUGGCGGACUUUUAGCCCAGAUUGGAGAAAGGACAUAGCGCGUGAAUCACCGCCAUGGCAGCGUCGGAGCUGUACACGAAGUGUGCUCGGGUGUGGAUCCCCGACGCAGAGGAGGUGUGGAAGUCCGCCGAGCUGACCAAGGACUACAAAAAUGGCGACACCUCCCUGCAGCUCAUGCUGGAGGAUGGAACGAACAUUGAGCACAAACUGGACCCCAAAACAAAGAACCUGCCUUACCUGCGAAACCCCGACAUCCUGGUGGGCGAGAAUGACCUCACAGCACUCAGCUACCUCCACGAGCCGGCCGUGCUGCACAACCUCAAAGUCCGCUUCAUCGACUCCAAGCUCAUCUACACUUACUGUGGAAUCGUUCUGGUGGCCAUCAACCCGUAUGAGCCGCUGCCCAUCUACGGCUCAGACAUCAUCAAUGCGUACAGCGGUCAGAACAUGGGAGACAUGGACCCACACAUCUUCGCUGUGGCAGAGGAGGCUUACAAACAGAUGGCCAGGGACGAGAGGAACCAGUCGAUCAUUGUGAGUGGGGAGUCCGGAGCAGGAAAGACGGUAUCAGCCAAAUACGCCAUGAGAUACUUUGCUACCGUCAGCGGCUCCACCAGCGAGGCCAACGUAGAGCAGAAAGUCUUGGCUUCCAACCCCAUCAUGGAGGCCAUUGGAAAUGCAAAGACCACCCGAAAUGACAACAGCAGUCGCUUCGGGAAAUACAUCGAGAUCGGCUUCGACACGCGCUACCGUAUCAUCGGCGCCAACAUGAGGACAUAUCUGCUGGAGAAGUCGCGGGUGGUCUUUCAGGCCGACGAGGAAAGGAAUUACCACAUCUUCUAUCAGCUUUGUGCAUCAUCCCAUCUGCCUGAGUACAAAAUGCUGACGCUGAGCAGCGCAAACGACUUCUUGUACACCAGGCAGGGCCGCAGCCCGGUUAUCGUCGGUGUGGAUGACACCAUGGAGCUGUCCACCACUCGCAAAGCCUUCACAUUGCUCGGUAUUAAUGAGUCCAACCAGAUGGGGUUGUUCCAGGUUUUGGCUGCUAUUCUUCAUCUGGGAAACGUGGAGAUAAAGGACAGAGACUCAGACAGCAGCGUCAUUCCCCCCAACAAUCGCCACCUGACGGCGUUCUGCGAGCUGGUGGGCGUGAGCUACCAGGACAUGUCUCAGUGGCUGUGCCACAGGAAGCUGAAGACGGCCACAGAGACGUACAUCAAGACCCUGCCCCGCCUGCAGGCCACCAACGCCCGCGAUGCGCUGUCGAAACAUAUCUACGCCAAGCUCUUCAACUGGAUUGUGGCGCACGUGAACAAAGCCCUCAUCACCAAUAUCACACAGCACUCCUUCAUCGGGGUCCUCGACAUCUACGGGUUUGAGACAUUUGAGAUCAACAGCUUUGAGCAGUUCUGUAUCAACUACGCCAAUGAGAAACUCCAGCAACAGUUCAACAUGCAUGUGUUCAAGCUGGAGCAGGAGGAGUACAUGAGGGAGCAGAUCCCCUGGACUCUGAUUGACUUCUACGACAAUCAGCCCUGCAUCAACCUCAUAGAGGCCAAGAUGGGCAUCCUGGACCUGUUGGACGAGGAGUGCAAGAUGCCUAAAGGUUCGGAUGAUUCUUGGGCUCAGAAACUCUACAACACCCACCUAAAGACCUGCUCCCUCUUCGAGAAGCCUCGCAUGUCCAACCGCGCUUUCAUUAUUCAACAUUUUGCUGACAAGGUGGAGUACCAAUGUGACGGUUUCCUGGAGAAGAACAAGGACACAGUGAACGAAGAACAGAUCAAUGUGCUGAAGGCCAGCAAGUUUCACCUGCUGGUGGAGCUGUUUCACGACGGGGAGAAAGCCAUCAGUCCCACUGGUCAGGUCGCUGGCACCGGAGGCCGGACCCGCCUCAGCAUCAAGCCUGACAAGAGCCGGGAAAAGAGCAGCAAGGAGAACAAGAAGACCGUUGGCUGCCAGUUUCGUAACUCGCUGCAUAUGCUGAUGGGUACUUUGAACGCAACAACUCCGCACUACGUGCGGUGCAUCAAACCCAAUGACUUCAAGCUGGGCUUCACGUUCGAUCCUAAACGUGCGGUGCAGCAGCUCAGAGCCUGCGGUGUCCUGGAAACCAUCCGCAUCUCUGCUGCAGGUUUCCCAUCCAGAUGGACGUACCAGGAGUUCUUCAGCCGUUACAGAGUGCUGAUGAAGCAGAAGGACGUGUUACCUGACAAGAAGUUGACAUGCAGAAAUGUUAUGGAGCAACUGGUGCAGGACCAGGACAAAUACCAGUUUGGUAAGACCAAGAUCUUCUUCAGGGCCGGCCAGGUUGCCUACCUGGAGAAGCUGAGGUCGGAGAAGUUGCGUGUUGCCUGCGUUCGCAUCCAGAAGACCAUUCGCUGCUGGCUGGCGCGCAAGAAGUAUCUGCGCAAGCGCAGCGCUGCCAUCACCAUCCAGAGGUUCACCAGAGGAUACCAAGCUCGCUGCCUGGCCAAGUUCAUGCGUCGCUCGCAGGCGGCCACCGUUAUCCAGAAGUACCAGCGGAUGUGCGUGGAGAGGAAACACUACAGACAGAAGCAGGCUGCCGCUCUGGUCAUGCAGACGAUCCUCCGAGCUUACAUGGCCCGGCAGAAGUACCAGGCGUUACUGCGGGAGCACAAGGUUGUGAUCAUUCAGAAGCGCGUCCGUGGCUGGUUGGCUCGAUGCUGGUACAAGCGCUGCCUCGUCUCCAUCGUCUACCUGCAGUGCUGCUUCCGCAGGAUGAAGGCCAGGCGCCAGUUGAAGAAGCUGAAGAUCGAGGCCCGCUCAGUGGAGCACUUCAAGAAGCUCAACAAAGGCAUGGAGAACAAGAUCAUGCAGCUGCAGAGGAAACUCGACGAGCAGAACAAGGAAAAGCGGUUGGUCAACGAGAAGCUCGUCGCUCUGGAGAAUACCUACACAACAGAGAGCGAGCGGAUGCGCGGCGAGCUGGGCCGGCUGCGCGGGGUGGAGGAGGAUGCCAAGAACAAAGGCAACCAAGUGACCUCGCUGCUGGAGGAGCUGGAGAAGCUGAGGAAGGAGCUGAGUUCCACACAGAAGGAGAAAAAGACCAUCGAGGACUGGGCGCAAACCUACAGGAGCGAAAUGGAGAAAAUGGUCUCAGAGCUGAAGGAACAGAAUGGCUCGCUGAAGAAAGAGAAGGACGACUUGAACAGGUUGAUUCAGGAACAGAGUCAGCAGAUGACAGAGAAAAUGGUCCGUGCGAUAGCCGAGGAGACUCAGCAGCUGGAGACGAAUCUGAACGAGGAGCGAUCUCGCUACCAGAACCUCCUGACGGAACACCGUCGCCUCGAGGAGAAACACGACGACCUGAAGGAGGAGAUGGUUUCUUCGAACGUCUCCAAGCCCGGCCACAGGAGAACAGAUUCCACCCACAGCAGCAACGGAUCCGAGUACACAUACAACUCCGAGUGCGCCGAAUUGGAAGAAGGUUCCCGUGCUGCCGAAGAUGUGACACGAGGGAUAGACACCUCGCUGACCCUCAAGCUGCAGAAACGUUUAACAGAACUGGAGCAAGAAAAGCAGUCGCUGCGCAACGAACUGGAAAACAAAGAGGAUCAGUUCCUGCGGGCUAGAGCCAGGGAUGACGUUGAGUUUAAAAAGGCUCGAGGGGCAGAGCUGGAGUACGAGUCCCUCAAGCGUCAGGAGCUGGAGUCGGAGAACAAGAAACUGAAACAUGACCUGGUGGACAUAAGGCAAAGCCUGCUGGGUAACGCAGCUACAGGUGCUGGGGCCCCGGGCUCCCCAGCUUACAAGGUGGUCUUGGAGCAGCUCAACUCGUCCUGUGAGGAACUGGAGGUCCGUAAGGAGGAGGUGCUGAUCCUGCGCUCCCAGCUGGUCAGCCAGAAGGAAGCCAUGCACCACAAGGAUGAGAAGGAAACCAUGACGGAGCUUUCGGUCUUUGUUGAGGAUGUGUCCAAACUGAAGGACGCUGGUGAACUCAAGCAGGCUUACAUGGGCCUCAAAGACACCAACAGAUCUGCCGCUCCAGACUUCCAUAAGCUGAAUGAGGACGGAGAGCUGUGGCUGGUUAAUCAGGGCUUAAAGGAAACCAUCAGGCUACUGGAGCACCAGCUGCAGACUCAGCGGAGAGGUUACGAUAGCGAGGUGGAGUCGUUGCGCGGCGAGCUGCAGAAUGUCAAGGAGGAUAACAACCGUCAGCAGCAGCUCUUGGCCCAAAACCUGCAGCUGCCUCCGGAGGCCCGAAUCGAAGCCAGUCUGCAGCACGAGAUCACCCGGCUCACCAACGAGAACCUGGAACUCCUGGCUGAAGACCCCACAGCGUCCCGAGAGGCUCGAGUCAUCAUUUUACGACGGAUGGUUGAUCUAAUGGAGCAGCUGGAGAAGCAGGACCGAACCAUCCGCAAGCUCAAGAAGCAACUGAAGGUGUACUCCAAGAGGAUCGGAGAGAUGGGGGCGGGUCAAACCGAGGGACAAACGUCUCCAGGACAGAUGGUGGACGAGCCGAUUCACCCCGUCAACAUUCCUCGCAGGGAGAAAGAUUUCCAAGGGAUGCUGGAGUACAAGAAGGAGGAUGAACUGAAACUGGUCAAGAACCUCAUCCUUGAGCUGAAGCCUCGUGGUGUGGCCGUGAAUCUGAUCCCAGGUCUGCCGGCCUACAUCCUGUUCAUGUGUCUGAGACAUGCAGACUACGUCAACGAUGACCAGAAGGUCCGCACCCUGCUCACCUCAACCAUCAACAGUAUUAAGAAGAUCCUAAAGAAACGAGGAGACGACUUUGAGACGGUCUCCUUCUGGUUGGCGAACACCUGCCGCUUCUUACACUGUCUGAAACAAUACAGCGGAGACGAGGCCUUCAUGAAGCACAACACGCAGAGACAGAAUGAACACACUCUGUCCAACUUCGACCUGGCAGAGUACAGACAGGUGAUCAGUGACCUGGCCAUCCAGAUCUACCAGCAGCUGAUCAAAUGCAUGGAGAACAUCCUCCAGCCCAUGAUAGUUUCUGGCAUGCUGGAACACGAGACCAUCCAGGGAGUUUCGGGGGUGAAGCCCACGGGCCUCCGUAAGCGAACAGCUAGUAUCGCAGACGAGGGCACCUACACGCUUGACUCCAUCCUGAGGCAGCUCAGCGCCUUCCACUCCACCAUGUGCCAGCACGGCACCGACCCCGAGCUCAUCAAACAAGUGGUGAAGCAGCAGUUCUACAUCAUCGGAGCAGUCACCCUCAACAACCUGCUGCUACGCAAGGACAUGUGCUCCUGGAGCAAAGGCAUGCAGAUCAGGUACAAUGUGAGCCAGCAGGAGGAGUGGCUCAGAGACAAAGGUCUAAUGGUAUGCGGAGCCAAGGAGACUCUGGAGCCUCUGAUCCAGGCCGCACAGCUGCUGCAGGUGAAGAAAAAGACUGACGAGGACGCCGAUGCCAUCUGCUCCAUGUGCCUGGCCCUCACCACCGCUCAGAUUGUGAAGGUCUUGAACCUCUACACUCCAGUCAAUGAAUUUGAGGAGAGAGUAUCGGUGUCAUUCAUACGAACCAUACAGACUCGCUUGCGAGAUCGUUGCGAGAGUCCGCAGUUGUUGAUGGACACCAAGAUGAUUUACCCGGUCACUUUCCCGUUCAGCCCUUCCUCCCUCGCCCUGGAGACCAUCCAGAUCCCCAGCUCGCUCAACCUGGGCUUCCUCACCCGCGUCUAAAUCGAGGCGCCACAGGACGGCAGCCGUUUUGAUGUAGUGGCCACAGUUGGAAUUGCAGGUCAAAAUAAAUAAAUCAAAACAUUAGGAUUUGUAGUCGCACAGUUUGAGCAAUUAUGUCCAAAAUAUUAGCUGAAAAGCCUCCAAGAGCUUCUAAUUUAAAACAUGGAUUCCAGUUCUCUUAAGCCUUCCCUUGAUCCUGAACAUUGACACACAGAAAAUCAGACAAAAGAAAACCCCAUCACAUACUGAACUUUCAACAUGCAUCUGUACAAUACGUGCAUCCUCUGAACGUACACAUGCACGCCUACACUCAUGUGCACUUUCUCGCUUACAAAACGCACACAUACACACAAAACCAACGGUCACCGCCGCCGCUGGUUUAAAUCUGUCUGUAAAAGGCCGUCGUCCAUCCACUGCUUGUAAAAACGCCUGCCUCUGAAAGAAGCCCCAGGAUCAGGUCUACGCCUCCAGUACUCUCUCUGCAUCCACACCUGGGUCUGUUUGAGUGGUCCCGACCCCGGUUCCCCCAGCUCCUUCCUUUUGUGUUUCAACUAGCUGUUAAGAUUGUUCUUCUUGUUGCCCAUUUAAAAGCCCAGUUGGGCUGAUAAGAAAUCUAAUUUUGUCAUUGUCUCGUUCUCCGGUGAGAAUGUACGUAACAAUACACGGGAGCGGACCCAAAAGAGGGGUCGAGACCUCACAAAGAGGAAUAACUUCAUGAAUUGUAGUCUCGCCUCGAAUGUCGAGUCUAUAUUUAAGAGGCAAAGCGAACGCUGAGUCCCAGUAGGAAGCCGACUGAGUGUCUCUCUCCACCCCAUGUUGAGGCUUCGCUCUGCCGUCGUCAUUUCACCCUCUGAACACAGUCAAGCCAAGACAGAUCUCACCAUCUGUACUACAUUAUUUAUACAUAUAUAAAUAUGAAUAAUACAUAUCAUGUAUUUUAUUUAUUGCAUUUACCUCCGUCCCCACCCUCCCUUUAUUAGAUUAGAAGCUUUCUCUUUGCAGUAAACAUGUCUGAUGUAUGAAGGCUGGGACCAUCAUUUCCCACAGCUUUGUAAGGACCGCUUUAGUUUAGGUCCAUUGUAGGCUGUUUAUGUCAAUAUCAGGUAACUUAUGUCGUAUAGUUUAAGGAGUGCCGGCACAGAUGAUUAUUUGUUAGGUCACGUCUUGACGUAGAGAUGUCGCUUUAUCCCGUUUAUUCUGCAUUUCAGGGCAGAUGAAGUGUAGCAGGGGUUUUAACUGAGGAGAGAUUUAGAAGGUACGAGGUUUAAGCUCUGGCGAGGGUUUAACCUGCGAUUGUCUCUACCGUUUACAGCUGUGACCAGAGCUGAGCGGCACAGGAAACACUGGCACAAAGAUAUUUAACUCACAUUACACUCUUACUUAUUGCUGUAUCACCGGGAGGUUUUUCCUCCUCUCUCUACUUGUCUUCUCUGGUCACAGCUCUAGUCAGCGCUUUGAAGCGGUGAUACUAUUAUCAACGUGGAAAUAUUUAUUUCAGUAUUGUCAUUUUCUUAAGCAUUAAAGCUAUGUAUAUUAUGAAGCCAUGUAUCACUGAGCAGAAUGGACAGAAAAGGUUUCUCUGAUGUUGGUUACACCAGCGUCUUCUGCUUUAUUCCCACACGAACAAUAACUGCAGUUGAGGGCUCCGGUUCCUCUCCCGUUCAAUAUGGGCCUUUUAUAACCAAAAACAAUAGAAUAUGUGCUACUGCACUUUUCCCACAUCUCAAUUGCAUGGGGGUUACGGACGGAGAAAGAUAUUUUAGUCUUUUCUGUUUGGUGCUCUCAUUGUUUUGGUUCAGAUAUCCAGACCUAUUCGGUCUGAGGGUGAUAUUGCACCACACCCCAUACUCCGUAUGGCCACAGUGGGAUAAUAACUGCACAGCAUGCGCUGCUGCUGCUGCUGCUGCCCUCGUCUAACCUGCACAGGCUUUACCAGCAUUACUAUUUACCAGAAAUGAACCUGCAUGCUUUUGUUCUAUUUAGUUGUUUGAACAGAGCUAAGAGUCGUCAGAUGAGUGUUCGGGAAUCUGUCGAUGUCGUUACAAAAAGUCCUUUGUCUGCAUUCACAUGGUCCUCGCUGCCUCGUGUUUAACACUUUUUCCCCCCCGUCUACUUCCUGUUGUGCCAUUAGUAUUAACAGUCAACCAAAUUUGCCUAAUGACCUUUACCCUUUCACAAACUUCAUUCAUUCAAUUAUCUUUUGAAGGUGCUUACAUAUAAAGGAGCUUGUGAAUGGUCACCAAAACUGGACUCUUUUUUAAAAUUUAUUUAAUGUAUUCUUUUGUUUUAAACCGACCAACAAAGGAAAUAAUUGAAUUGCUGGUGAAGAUACAGUAUGCGCAGAGAAAUAAAUAUAUUUUACCACGGUGAAGUAUCUCAUUAAAUGCCAUAUUAAUUACAGAUGAAAACAAAAGAGGAGUAAAGAGAAGUUAUUAUGUGAAGUUGUUUUGUGUUGCACUUGUAUUUGAGAACAAUUUGAUAUCCAUAUGCUCUCAUUGGGACCACAUGUUAUCAGUCUGCCUUCUGUUAUAUCACUCGGGUUUAUAGGUAGUUUAAAGUAUGGUUUGUGUAACAAGUACAUUUCUGUGGCGAGGAAGGAGGUGACUGAAAGAAUUAAUUAACCACAUGAAUGUUUCAAAUUGUUAAUGAAGUGUAUCAUGAUUUUAGUUGCACAUUGUUGGACAAAGCCUUAUCUGAAUGAUUUGCUAUCUAAACGACUUAAACACACGAUCAACAUUGUAGCAUUGUUUUGUUCCGUCAGUGCAGUUUUUGUUUUUUCUCAACUGUAAAAUGAAUAUAAAUUGUUAAAUGUGGUCAUUUCUUUUAUUUUGAUAUGGUGUCCUUUUGUCCUACAGUUGGUGUCACAGAUGGGUCGCACUGUUUAGCCAUCAGUCCAGAUGCACUUUUGAGACAUUGUCAGAUAAAUGAGAGCUGGAUAAAGAACCGUAAAGAGAAACGAGCCUUCUACUGAACUGCGACGCAUUACGCUUCCUUUACCACAUUCCCUCUGCGAGUGGGCGCUUCGCUUUCAUAAUCAGUGAUUUUUCUUUUCCGGCUGUUGAUGAAUUAAUUAAUUAACGCAUCCACGGGUAAGAAGACAAACACUCCUGCUAGUUUGGUUGCAGAGCAGCCUUGGUCAGAGCAUCCUCGUGGACUGAAGUAUUUAGAGUGCAGUUGGAAGGCUUGCCUAGUUUCAGAGGAGGAAAGCACACACACACACACACACACACACAGGUCCAUUCAUUUUGUUGAGCAGAGCUGCAGCGUCUUGCUCCUCUGGGCUUCUCUUGGGCUCUCAUAAAGGAGAAAGUGUCAUUCUUUCACUCUGCGUUUUUACACGAAGGAGAGAGUUGGUUGUAUGAUAUGACGCAGACAUUAUAAAUGACCAUUGUUCUUAUCAGCACUCGCGUUGAUUGUGCCAUUUUAAAGAAUUGUUAAAAACCAGAACAUAUAUCAUCGUCCCAGCUGUCGUGGUGCUGGUGUGACCAUGCUGAAGCCAGCGCCACAUGUUUCCUCUCUGACCCAUGUGUACAUUUGACAAACUGGACUGUUUGUAGUUUCUGGUAUCUGUGCUUAGUGAAUGUGUUCACCGUUAAGAAACCGAGAAACUUGGAAAAAAUUGUCAAAUCUGUAAAAGUAAAAUAAAAUAAUUCAGC